CGAAGAACUCACAGUCACAGUCAGAAUCAGGGGAGGAAAUGUCGUUUGAACAAAGUACUUCUCAAGAUUUCAGCACAGAUGGGCACUCUUACCAUCAAACAUCUGGACAAGGCCUGUUUACAGAGCGAGGUGGAUGUGCGCUGCCAAACCACCGACUGGUUAUAAUCAGUCUGGGCACGCUGAAUGCUGUUCUGCUGAUUGCUGCUGUUGUCAUCGGGAUUUUUUGUGCCAAAGGCAAUUACCUUCAGGCUCCCAAUUCAGCUGCUACACCCCUAAUUCUUGAAAUGAACCAUCUCCGCAACCACAGUGACAUCAUCAGGGCAAAACUGGAGGCCCAGGCAGCAUUAGUAAGAGAGCGCAGCAGCCAUGCGAAACUAAAGCUGCAGGUGAAGCAGACGAUGACCCUCACUGACAACCUUCAGAAACAGAUUGAGGCACUAAAUACAGAGAAGAAAAACCUGCAUUCAAAUAAAACUGCUUUAGAGCAAUCCUGCGGCAGAUGCCCACAAGGAUGGCGUCUUCUUAAAUCAUCCUGCUAUUUUUAUUCUCAUCAUGAGUCCAACCCCAAAAAGAACUGGCCGGAUAGCAGAAAAAACUGUAUGAGUCAAGGGGGCGACCUGCUUGUGAUCAAUAACCUGGAGGAGCAGCAACUCAUGAUUGACAACUUUCCAAAGGUGGGAGGCGGUGGUUCGUGGUGGGAGAAUGGAUUUUGGAUCGGCCUCACCAAUGUGGUGACAGCGGGAACAUGGGUCUGGGUUAACAAUGUGACUGAGGUGGAAACAAUGUACUGGAAGAUUGGACAGCCUACCCGCGCUGGACUUCAGAGUGGGAACUGUGCUGCUUUUUAUUCCUAUACUGAUAACAGGGGCGCAUGGUAUAACGGAAACUGCGAGGACCAUCAAUAUAACUGGAUAUGUGAGAUGGAGCCAAGACAAACAUGAAAUUUCUUAACUGGAAAUCAAGAAACCUGGACAAAUAUUUUGUGUCCAUGCAAAAUAUUUUAAAUACCGUAAAACUUCAAUUAAAUGCCCUGUCCCUUUUACUAGCCCGGUGUGACUACACAUUCUGACAAAUAAAGGUCUGUUUCAAUUAGG